AUGUCGACCUUCGGUGAGCAGUCCAUGGGCGCGCUCGUCUGGGUGCCCCAUGACAACGAGGUCUGGAAGAAGGCCCAGGUCAUCGAGAAGCCGACCGAGACGACGGUCACCGUGCGCCUCAUCGCCGACGGCGACGACUACGACCCCGAAGACGGCGUUGUCAAGACCUUUGACGUGCGCGAGAUCGCCAAGCUCGCGGGCGAGGUCUCGGCCACCGCGAUGCCCAUCUGCAACACCUUUGAGAAGCUCGGCGUCGAGGACAUGUGCACGCUUAACCAUUUGCACGAGCCGGCGGUCUUGAAGAACCUCCAGCUGCGCCACGCGCAGAGCACGCCGUAUACGUACACGGGCCAGAUCUGCAUUGCAGUCAACCCGUACAAAUGGCUCGACCUCUAUGGCGAGGAUCUCUACCAAAAGUACCUGGACCAGCCGCGCGCAGAGCUUGGGCCGCACCCGUUCGCGCUCUCGGCCACCUCGUACCUCGACAUGCGCAAGCACCGCAUCGAGCAGAGUAUCCUCGUGAGCGGCGAGUCCGGUGCUGGCAAGACGGAGACGGUCAAGAUCAUGAUGCACCACUUGGCGUCCGUGUCCGGCGGCGGCGAGAAGGGCUCGACCGUCAUUGACCAGGUCCUCAAGUCCAACCCGCUCCUCGAAGCCUUCGGUAAUGCCAAGACCAAGCGCAACGACAACAGUUCGCGCUUCGGCAAGUUUGCGCAGCUGCAGUUUGACGCGAGCGGGUACCUCAUUGGCGCGCGCUGCGAGACGUACUUGCUCGAGAAGAGCCGCGUCGUCGGCCAGACCCAGGGCGAGCGCAACUACCACAUUUUCUACCAAGUGUUUUCGCUCGCGUCGGAGCUCAAGAAGUCGCUCUUCCUCGAGGGUAACGUCGCCGACUACAACUUUGUCAAGGUCGGCGCUGGCUCGCGCGUCGACAACACGGACGACUCGGUCUUUCUCCAAGAGACGAAGGAUGCCAUGGACACGAUCGGGAUCGACGACCGCGAGCAGCACGGUAUCUUUGAGAUCGUCUCGGCCAUCUUGAACCUCGGCGAGGUUGAGUUCACGGCGGUCAACGCUGAGAGCAGCCAGGUGUCGACGUCCGAGAACCUCGCUGCCGUCGCCGCGCUCCUCAAGACGGCGCCAGAAGCGCUCACCAAGACGCUCUGCCAGCGCACGAUGACGACGCGUGGCGAGACGUUUACGAUCCCGCUCAAGGUCGACCAGGCCUUUGACCUCCGCGACGCGUUCGCCAAGGGUAUUUAUUCGCGCCUCUUCGACUGGCUCGUCGGGCGCAUCAACCGCGCGAUCUGCUCGACCAAGAACGUCGCGUCGCACAUUGGUCUCCUCGACAUCUUUGGCUUCGAGUCGUUCGACCACAACGGGUUUGAGCAGCUCUGCAUCAACUACGCCAACGAGAAGCUGCAGCAAAAGUUCAACAGCGACAUCUUCAAGACCGUCCAGACCGAGUACGUCGAAGAGGGCAUCCCGUUGGACUUGGUGACGUUCGAGGACAACCAGCCGAUCCUCGACCUCAUCGAAGGCAAGCUCGGCAUCGUCGACAUGCUCAACGAGACGGGUCUCCAGCCCAAGGGCGACGACCGCAUGUUUGUCAACAAGGUCAACGAGUCGUUCGCGGACCACAAGAACUAUGAGAAGAUCCGCACCAACCCGAUGCAGUUCAAGAUCCUCCACUACGCCGGCGACGACACGCUCCCGGCCGACCUCAUGGAGCUCCUCGCGUCGAGCCAGUCGUCGUUCAUCCGCGACGUCUUCCCCGAGCUCGCCAAGGGCGGUGUCUCGAAGGACAAGAACGCCAAGCCGCCGUCGCGCCGCCAAGGCUUCCUCGUCGGCAACACGAUCGCGGGUUCGUUCCGGAAGCAGCUCGGCGAGCUCAUGGACCAGAUCGCCAAGACGUCGACGCAGUACGUCCGCUGCAUCAAGCCCAACGCCAACAAGAGUGCGACCGAGUUUGAUCGGCACAUGGUCGUGGACCAGCUCCGGUGUGCGGGUGUCAUUGCCGCGAUCCGCAUCAGUCGCGCCGCGUUCCCGAACCGCCUCUCGCUCAAGGAGUUUACCUCCCGCUUUGCGAUCAUUUGCCCGUCCAAGCUCCGGACGGCGCCGCCCGAGGCCAUGGUGCACGGCCUCCUCGAGAUCCUCGGCAUCUCCGAGUCCUCGUCUCGGAACGCCCGCUUCGCGAUCGGGCGGACCAAGGUCUACUUCUCGUCUGGCCUCUUGCAGCAUCUCGAAGACCAGCGCGCGGUCGUCUUGCGUCAGUACGCCACGCGUAUCCAAGCACACAUGCGCGGAUAUGUGCUCCGGAAGCGCUUCGUCGCCAAGCGCCAGACUGCGAUCCGCGUCCAGACGCUGUACCGCAUGCACGUGGCCCAGAAGGCGUACCGCCGCAUGCAGCGUGGUACGAUCCGCCUCCAGACGCGCGUCCGCGGAAUGCAGGCGCGCAAGCGCUUUGCAGUCAUCGUCGAAGCCGAGCGCGCGCGCAAGGCUGCAGAGCUCGCGCGUCAAGUCGCCUUUCAGAAGGCCAAGGCCGCUGCCGAGGCUGCCGAAGUCAAGGUGCAAGCUGCAAACAAGGCAACGCGCGCGGCCGAGAUCAAGAUCAUGGAGGAAGACAAGACCCGGACCUCGAGCAACGUCGACGACGAACCGGUAGACACGAGUUCCGACGACGGCGACCGCCUCUCGGCAUCGUCGCAGAGCAUCCUGACGUCGGCGGCGGCACGCGUGGCCGAGGCUGAGGCCGCGGCCGUCGAAGCGCAAAAGGCAGCGAUGGCCGCUCUGACACACAACCGCGUCAUUCAAGCCGAGAACGAGUCGCUUCGUGCCAAGAUGGCCGCAUACGUGGCCGAGCACGCCGACGCGGAGCUUCUUCGUGAGAACGAGCGCCUUAAGCACCAAGUGCUCACGCUCCAGAGCAAGCUCGUCCGCGCCCAGGAAGUGUCUCUCAUUAGCGCCAAGGUGGUCGACAGCCGCAUUACCUUCCGCGAAGGCCGUCAGUUUGUCGAGUACAAGCUCCAGAUCGAGACCAACAGCCGUGGCACGCUCUUUGUGUGGCACCGGUACUCGACGUUCCGGAACCUCGCGACAACGCUGCAGACCAAGAACGGGUACCGCCGCAAGGACAUCCCGGACCUCCCGAACAAGCAGCUCUUUGGCAACUUUACGGAUCGCAUCAUCCAGGAGCGUAUCCAGAAGCUCAACGAAUUCCUCGAAGCCGCGACCAACACCGACUACCUGCAGUGGGGCAUCCGCGUCGACCAAGACACGUGCGUCUACAAGCGCCGGACGCGGUCGUCGUCGGGUGCGGACCGCGAGUCGAUCGCGAUUGGGCGCGAGUCGAUGGCGCUGACGCACAACUCGUCGAUGGCGUCGGAAGACACGUCGCGCGAGUCGGUGUCCCGGGAGUCGUUCUCGAUCCGCGAGUCGCUCUCGAGCAAGUUUUCGCUGCGUCGGACCGUCUCGCACCACGGGUACGUGGGCGCAACGACGACCGGCGUUGGCUUGCUCAUGCUCUUCUUCUUCUCUCUCUGGGACUGA